CCUCCCAACCGUUCGCGAUUGCGAGCACAACGGAUCGCCCGUUCCUGGCGCGCCUAACGCUUACAUUCAUCGGGUCGCAAAACCCUCCGAUGGAAGUCGAGCACUGGGUCGAGCUCGAUCCGCUGAGAUCGGCCAGCCCCGUGGUUGGUGACGAGCAGGUCCUUGAUGUUGAGCUAGACCGACAUACGCAACUGCUGCCUGUGUCAGACGGUGGAGGUGAGAGCAAGCGUGCUGUGAUGGCGAUGCUGUGUGGCCCACGAUCAGAAAAAAGAGACCCUGGUAUCGUCAGCGACACUAACUCAGUGCAAUCUGAUCAGAAUCCGUUGGAAGCAGCACCUGGUUACGCCGUUAUUCUCAGGUCUCUGGUUCCCCGCUUUCCUAUGACCAUGCGAGAUGUCAAGGGCAGAAUCGCACCUCAAGUCCCUUAUAAGCUGAUGCCAUCGCUUGCUCAGUUUCGUGCGCUGGUGGCCGGGCGGCGGGAGGCUAUCAAAUGGGGCCGCGCUCGUGCUCUUAAGGAAGCAUAUGACGCGCGCGUUCGGAUGUCGUCUCCUCCGGACGCCGAAAGGAUGAUUCCUCUGACUAUCGGAGAUAUAUUCCGGUGGUUGGAAGAUGAGGGCUUCUUCCACCCCGCUCGCCCCAAGGCUCAGGCCGAAGACGCGCCUGAUGAAAAAAAAGUUAUUGGACACACCGCUGAUGCAUCAGUGCCGAUGGGCGCACAGUCUGACGCUUUCUGUCCUGCCUG